GACGCCGAUCUGGUCACGUGAACAGCGCGUGACCGUGCGCAUCCUCGGUCUCUAAAUCUCAACGUCUCCUUCGUCCUCGGAUGCUCGACUCCCAAAAAACCCUAGCGAUGGCGAAACUCUUCGCUCUCGUCUCCCUCCUCCCUCUCCUCCCUCUGUUAUGCUCUUCGUUCAGCGCCGACGGACCGACCGAUCGCCGCAUCCUCGUCCUCGUCGACGACCUCGCGCUCCGAUCAUCCCACUCGGUCUUCUUCGACUCCCUCAGAUCCCGAGGUUUCGAUCUCGAUUUCAAGCUCGCCGACGAUCCCAACCUCGCUCUGCAGCGCUACGGCCAGUACUUAUACGAUGGACUCGUCCUCUUCGCCCCUUCAGUCGCUCGGUUUGGAGGGACGGUGGAUCAGGCGGCGGUUCUCGAUUUCGUGGAUGCGGGUCGGGAUCUGAUCCUGGCGGCGGAUCCGUCGGCGUCGGAGUUGGUUAAGGGGAUCGCGGCCGAGUGCGGGGCUGAUUUUGAUGAGGAUUCGGAUGCGAUGGUGAUCGAUCACGUUGGGCACGCGGCGUCGGAGGUGGAAGGGGACCAUACGUUGAUUGCAAGUGAUGAUUUUGUUGAGUCUGAUGUGAUGUUGGGAGAGAAAAAGAUCAAGGCUCCUGUACUCUUCAGAGGAAUUGGUCACUCACUGAAUCCUGCUAAUAGCCUGGUCUUGAAAGUUUUAUCUGCCUCUCCUUCAGCAUAUUCGGCUAACCCAAAGACGAAGCUUUCGGUUCCUCCCUCUCUCACAGGCUCUGCAAUAUCAUUGGUCUCUGUUGUGCAGGCAAGGAAUAAUGCUCGCGUUCUAAUUUCCGGAUCACUGGACCUAUUUAGCAAUCGAUUCUUAAGAUCUGGUGUGCAGAAGGUUGGAAGCUCGAUUAAACAUGAGAAGUCUGGUAACGAGCAAUUUGUGAUUGAGAUUAGUAAAUGGAUCUUCCAUGAAAGGGGUCAUCUUAAGGCUGUAAAUGUCAAACAUCACAUAGCUGGAGAAACAAGCGAGCCUGCAAUGUAUCGAAUCAAUGAUGAUCUGGAAUACUCCGUGGAGAUCUAUGAAUGGUCUGGAGCAGCCUGGAAACCAUAUGUAGCAGAUGAUGUUCAAGUUCAGUUUUACAUGAUGAGUCCUUAUGUGCUGAAAACAUUGUCCAAUGACGAGAAGGGUCUUUACUCAGCGUCAUUCAAGGUUCCCGAUGUUUAUGGUGUUUUCCAGUUCAAGGUGGAGUACCAAAGGCUUGGAUAUACAAGCCUUUCACUUGCAAAGCAGAUUCCCGUGAGACCUUUCAGACACAAUGAGUAUGAGAGAUUUAUUACAACAGCCUACCCAUACUAUGGCGCAUCAUUUUCAACUAUGGCUGGGUUUUUCAUAUUCACAAUUGCCUAUCUUUAUCACAAAUAGAUUAUUCUUGAGUAGGGGUGAUCACCCUUGUCAACAUUAUUCGAGCAUGAGAUACAAGCAUAAUUCUUGAAGCAUGAGAUGGAAGGGACAUACUUCGUUGAGGCAGAUCAUAGCAGAACACAACAAUAUUAUUGAGCAGAAACUGCAAUGUUAUUAGGCGGAAGCAGAACAAAUAGUGAGUUGACUAAGUCACAGGCAAUGUGUAAUUCACUACUUAAAAAAAAAGUUUUGAUGGCUUCUGAUUUAUAAAAGAACUAAAUUAUUUACUUCGCA